UGCAAUAAUACGUGUUUCUUUCCCCGUCUCAAUCAGUAUCCUAUCGAAAUAUUUAUUUUUAUUGACAAUGAAAUUCAUGUACAACAAUUUUAUUUCAUGAUAGUAUAUCGUACAGACCUCCAGAGGACAACAGAUAAAAGAAAUGGACAAGACAUGUGGUUGUAAAGGAAUACGGUCGUGUAUCUUGUGCGAAAAUCAGGAAACGCCCACAAAUCAACAGGACUGUCAGAAGUCAGAUUGUGUAGAUACAUAUGAUUUUUGUUGUCAUUGUGGUAAAGCUUGGAUACAGACUUCAAAGGAAUCAGACAAGGAUGAAGAAAAAUUUUCCAAUUGUGAAAUGAUUACUACCCAACAAUGUUGUGAAAGUCAUGAUGAACAGGGAACCAGAAAAUUCAUACAUUUUCCGGGAAUACAGAUUUAUUGUGACUUUAUCAACAAAACAGAAGAACAGACAAUCUGUGAUAAGAUAUAUGAAACUCCAUUUUGUUUGUCACAGUCAGGGAGAAGAAAACAGGACUAUGGACCAAAGGUGAACUUCAAAAAGAAGAAACUAAAAUUAGCAGAGUUCACAGGACUUCCAGAUUUCAGCAAAGACAUAUAUGACCGAAUGAAAACGGUAGACAUGUUGUCAGAUUUUAAACCUGUUGAACUUUGUAACUUAGAAUAUUCUUCAGAACGAGGAGCAUCUAUUGAUCCACAUUUUGAUGACUUUUGGCUUUGGGGAGAAAGACUCGUCACUCUAAAUCUUCUAUCUGAUUCAGUUCUUUGUUUUACAAAUGAUGACGUUCCUAGGACAGAGGUACAUUUGCCGAUGUAUCAAAGAUCUUUGUUAGUCGUUUACGGUCCAGCUCGAAACAAAUGGAAACAUGCAAUACAUAGAGGUGACAUCAAAAACAAAAGAAUUGCUGUUACAUUGAGAGAACUGUCCAAUGAAUUUCAAAGAGGGGGAGGCAGAGAAGAAGAAGGAAACAAUUUAAUAGAUAUAGCUCUGACUUUUAAGGGUACAGCUAUUGGAGUUCACAAGAUGUCAGAGCAUUCUGAACCUUGAAAAUUAAAAAUUGUAAUGCAUAAUGAA